CUGAUAAAACAGCAUUGGUUGCUAUGAAAAAUAAGGAAGAUAUGCGAAAAUCUGUUAAAGAGUGUGACAAUAAAACAAUAGAUCUAAAAAUUCCAAUCAAACUUGGUGUAGUAAAAGACAUCAUAGAUGUAGAAUGUUUGAGAGGUUUCAAAGGUCCAGAAGGUGUAGAAAGUCCUAAAGAUCCUGGCAGUUCUGAAGGUUCUGAUAGUUCUAGAGGCUAUGACAGUCCUGAAAGUUCGGUUGAGAAGAUAGAUUCUUUAAGCGAUAAUGGAUUAAAGUAG